AUGGCAGAGAUGCAUUUAACUUUGGCUUUACGACGCCGGGCAGUUGCUCUUCUUUUAGAAGCAUCAGGAACCGGUGAAUUCUCAAGAGUAGUUUGGUUGUCGGAAUGCAGAGAAUUUGUAAUAUGGGCUACGAGAUCAGGAGCAGGAGUAGUAGAUGUUGGUUCUAGCAGUUGGGAAGAUGAAGGCAACGUUUCUGAUGUUGAAGGUGUUGCUUCUAGCAGUUGGGAAGAUGAAGGCAACGUUUCUGAUGUUGAAGGUGUUGCUUCUAGCAGUUGGGAAGAUGAAGGCAAUGAUUCUGACGUUGAUUGUUGUUCUGUAAUGUUGGUAUUGGAAUGGGGAGGAGUCUCAUUAAUUGACCGUUCUUUCGAAGAGGUUUGCGCUAUUAUGGAUCGAACAGGAGACACUGUUGAAUUGUUGGUCGAGCACGCCACUGAUCUGAGAAUGUGCGACCUACUGGAUGAUCCGAUUCCGCCACCAACUACGGUUAUCACGGGACGGAAGCCUUCCGAGGCAAAUAUUUCCGCGUUGCAUAUAGAACCCGAUAAUGACAAGGCACCAUCUUCACCGACAAGGCGAAAACUACCUAAAACGCCGGUAUAA